AUGGAGAAUGCAAGGGGAAAUGAUACAAGUGAAUCUUUUGAGGCGCGAAUGAACAGAAUGGAACAGAUGCUUACAGCCCUGACUGAGGCAAUGACGCAAAAACUGAGGCAACAACCUUUACCUCCUCCGCCUUUGCCGGUACAAGUUGAACCAGAUAACAAUGACAUUAUCAGCUUGACCAAGAAGUUCAUGAAAAUGAAACCAUCAACUUUCUUAGGUGGUAUUGAGCCGUUGAAGGCAGAAACAUGGCUGCUUGAGAUGGAAAAAUUAUAUGAGAUCUUUCCCUGCUCUGAGACUCAAAAGGUUCUUUUGGCUACCUAUACCUUAAAAGAUGAAGCCCGUAGAUGGUGGUUGUUAAUCCAAAGUGGUAAUAGGAAUAUGACAUGGGUUCAUUUCAAUGAGAUCUUUUAUGACAAGAACUUUCCCCAAUGCUGCAGGGAUCGAAAAAUGUCAGAAUUUCAAGAACUUAAGCAAGGCAGGAUGUCAGUGGCCAAAUAUGAGGCCAAGUUUACUGAAUUAGCUCGUUUUUCCCCACAAGUGGUGGACACAGAUUAUAAGAAAGCUCGAAAGUUUAAAGGAGGACUACAUUCAGAUGUGUUUGAUUGGGUAGAUGUUUUAAAGCUACCCACAUAUGUGGAUGUACUUGAUAGAACCCUCAUGGCUAAAGCCAACUUAGCCGCAAAGAACAGACUAACGCUCUGA